CUGAAACCUGCCUCCCUCUCUUUCCCUCUCUUUCUCUUUCCUUCCUGUAUCAUACAUAACCUCACUCUCCGCCGAAUCUGCAUCCAACACAGUUCUACACCACCAACCUCCUCCACUCCCAAACAAGAACGCUACACUAGUUUCUACUCCGGCCGCUACAGCGGCGGUUGCGCUAUUUUCUCCGCAUGUUGUUCUGUAUAUUGCCUUCCAGCCUUUCACCACCGUCUAAAACCCUUUCCUAACUUCCUUCUCUGGUAAUCUCGAUCCAAGCAGUGCAAAACUAAUUUCUCCAUCUGUCAAAUGGGUCUCCAAACCUGGCGUUUAACAGGUUAGUCCUGGCUGAAAUUGAUUUCGACAGUAGCGGGGAAAGCAGGAGGGGGCGGUGAAGGGAAAAGGGAGACGAAGAGGCGCACCUGUUUUCCGAAGGAGUUGUCUUCAUUUAAGCUGCUGCUAUUUUCUCCAUAUUGCGAAUGCAAUGCCCAUCUACUGCUUGAUAUUUACCUACUCUAAGGUUCCUCGAUCAGGGGGACAUGCGGCGCUUCCCCCAAUCCUCACUAAUCGAUUCCACUGUUGUAUCCAGGACUCUUCCAUUUGGUGGAUUCCUCUGCACGAAUCGGCUUCCCUUCAUCUCCCUAUUCAAAUCAAUUUUAGCUAAUUGACGAUUCAUCAUUUUCGCUAUCCGAUGGGUAGGUUCCAGCUAGCAGCAACAAAUCGCUUCUCUCUUCUCGGCUUCCCCUGGAUCAAAGAUCCUCCUUUCGUUACAACUCCUUAACCCUACACAUUCCUAUGUAUUGCCAUUACCAGAGUUGUCUGCACUUAUUUGGGAUUUUUCUUUAGGUGGUGUUUGCUGCAGAGAGUUAUACGGGCUAGAACCAAGAAAUUGUGGGGGUCUCGUUAAGGCUUUGGAGUUCUUGUAGGAUUUUUCUAACUCGAGAACAAAUUACCCUGGUAAUGUAAAUUUCUUAAGUUAUUUUAAGUUAAUGUUUGAGUUGAGCUUUACUGUCCAUUGCUUAUUCAGAUUGGUUCUAGGGAUUGGUCGAGCUACUUAUAUCAACUUUAGGUACCUGUUGUAACUCAAGUCAAAGCCAUGAUAAAGCAUCUUCUUAGUUCCUCUCUUGAUGGAGAGAUCUACGAAGAUGGUUCAGAGAAGGUAAAGUUGAAGCCCUGAAUCGAAACCCUCCUAUGAAUGAUAUAUAGUUCUGAUGCUUUUUUAUGGAUCCAUCUCAAGGCUGUAUUAGGAGCCCCCAUCUUUCUCUUCUCUCUUCAUCAUCGUAAAUCCAAUAGAAUUUACUGGAUGACCAUUUUGCUGCAACUUUCAAGUCUUCGUAUUUCAUUAUAGAUCCUGCUUUUGGAAUAUGAAGGCGAGCACACAAGCAGAUGGAGUUGUGUUGUGGGAUUAUCAUGUCAUAUGCAUUCAGGUUCUCACUUAAACACAAUAUAUGAGUUCGGGUGAUUUGUUUCUGAAAAUGACAGCUCUGUCAAGGUCUGCAAUUCAGAUUGGUUGGUUAAUUCUUGCUAUCGAGAUUUUCUUAUGCAGUGUUUGAUUUUCUCCUUUCUUUCAACUUGCUUUCUGAUUAAUUGGGAAAAGAAUUGUUUCCUUCCACUUAUCGAGCGCUUUGAAUCUAAUUAAACUCAAUGGCCUCAAACAUCUAGACCUUCUGAAGGAUUUGAGGUUGAGUGGUUGUGGUAUACUAAGAAAACUACCCAGCCUGUCAAAUUUGGCUAGGUUACGGAAGCUUGAGAUUAUUGAUUACUCACUCCUCUAUGAAAUCUAAGGGCUUGGUGAAGUUGGGGAUUAAUCGAUUCUAUGGAUCAUGAGAUGUUAUAAGUUCAAUGGGGUGAUGGGGCUCGAUAAAUUGGAGUCAUUGCAAGAAUUGGUGAUUACUCAUUACCCGUCGAUUAUGAAGCUGCGUGGUUAUAUGUUUUGGAGCACUUAUGGAUUCUGGCCAGACAUAUUGAUUACAGGUAAUAGAUAGCAGACAGAGGUAACUGGGUUUUUAAGAUAUUGAUGGAGUGGGACAAUAACAAUUCGAAUCUGAGCGGCGACGAGGAGGAAGGUAGCUUCGACCUCAACGAUGGUGUUGGUCCAAUCCCUUUACCCAUCGAGAGCUUGCUUCAAACCGCGGAUUGUGGGUUCGUGGUCACAAAUGCUCUUGAGCCUGACCACCCUAUCAUUUUUGGUAUUUAUCAUUUACGUCAAUAUCGUAUUCGAGAUGGUUACUCGGUAUCAAGCUGAGGAGGUGCUCGACCUCAAAUGGUACGUCUUUUCUCUCCCUUUGUUUUGCUAAUUCGGAGCUAUGGUUUUUUGGUUUAGUUCCACGAUUUCACCCUGUUCGUAGGAUGGGGUGCGAUAUUUUUUUCGAGUGUUGUACAAUUUCCACUUUAUAUUUCUGUGUAUUAUUGAUAGUGGAGAGUUUCAGAUUUUGGGGUGAUUUAGAAAUGAUUAGAGUAGCAAUUCCAUGGCAAUUUUAUUGUUGGAAAGGAGGGGACGCUCGGUGUUGAAUGUGUUACGCCAAAUCCAACUGUCAUUGUUAUGCAGAUUACCUUUAGUAUUUCUGCAUAGAAAUAUGGGUUACUAUUUGGUUUCACGUGCUUUACUCUGUGUAUUUGCAUCUAUAUCCAACAUCAUGAAGGUACACAGUUUUAUCAUAAUCUCAAGGGUAAUUUUAGCGAGUAGUCUCAUCGUUAUGAUUCUAUAAUCACAGUGUCGUCUUGCCUAGCCUUUGUAAUGGAAUUAAUUGUUAUGCUUGCCAUCAUACAAUGACUUAGAGAAUGCUAAGAAGUAAGAAGGAAGAACCAAAAUAGUAGGCAUAUGGAGAUAGGUGGUGGGUAGGAAUGCUCUUUGUGUGUGUAAUGCCUAAAGUGGGGUCUCCUUGGUCGUAGUGCUUGGAUGCUGCACUAGCCAGGUAGUAUCUGUAAUAGUUGCAGCGGUAGCGGUGGCCAACUGAGACUGAAGUAGCUUCAAUGAAUCACCGAGCGCCAUUCCUCGACCCCGUCUCGCUCUAAUCGGCCUGAUUCGUGGCCAAUGGAGACGUGAAGCAUUGAAUCCGAGGUGGAUUCAACUAGGGUUUGACGAAAAGAAGAGUGCUCACGAUUAGACUGACGGAUGGAUCAGAUCUAUUAGAGAAGAUCUAUAGGACGGGUCAGGUCAAGGCAGAGUAGGCGAGCCAUUGACCGUCUAACAUGUUGGGAUCAAAUGAGGAGCUCAGAAUUACAAAACUCAGGUACUCUUUUUUCCUUAUUAAAUUUCAUUGGUUUUCUAUUCAUACAUGGUUAUACUGAAACCAUAGUUGGUAGAAGAAGAUAGAAUAAAUAACCUUUUUUGGGGAAGUUCUUCUCCACAAAGAAUAAGCUAUGUAUGAACGAUAUGGGGCUCUUUUGCACUACGUAACCCUGGUGGGGAUAUGGCUGUGUAUGUUGUGUAGAUGCAUUGCAGUCCGCAAAGUUCCAUGCUUAAUCAUGAGGUUUGUUAGUUUUCCUUUACUAAGUGAUUAUCUGGCUUAGUAGCUUUUAGAAACCUCUUUGUCUGGCUGAAAAUGGAUGUUGUGUCAUUGUUGUAGUGGUUGGUUAGUAUUCAGUCAUAAGACGUUGAUUUCUAGUUUAGCUUGAUUUUUUUUUGCCUUGAUGAUGGAUGUAAGAUGUUUUACUGGUACCCUUUGAUUUUGCUCCGUAAACAGUUAUAAGACAUUGAAAACUGAACUCCAUAAUUGCUUAUCACUAUUAGCGUUAGGCCAGCCACCAUGGGACCAUCUCCUCAUCAUGCGAAGAAAUGAUGAUGAUUUCAACAAAGAAGUGCUUUCUUGGUUAGUUGAUGACGUUUUCUCACCUUCCAACUAAUAUUGAUAUGUUGUUAGUUUCCUGCUUCUCUUUACCAUGAAGUUUACCUGAAUGCGUUUUUCAUUUUGGUUGGUUAGAAUUCUAAUUUAAAUGCAAUACUUAGAUAUUAGAAAGGGAAAGUGUUGUUCUUCUCUAAAUUGGUUAUAUUUCUAUUGCCAGAUCAUGGUUGCGUAGAACUAAAUAGAGCUGAUUGAUGAUAAGAUCUACCGAGUGAAAACCAUGAUCAUUCCUAGAGGUAGGAUAAUUGAUGUUGUGAAGAGGGUCUUGAACAGUCAAGUUCGUCAUGACACUGUUUGAAAAACACUACCCUUUGUCAGUAUGGUGAAUGAGCUAGGGAAAAAGGUUAGUCAAUAAUUGUAGAAAACUUAA